AUUUGAUGAGUAUUCUUUGGGUACGCUGAUUAUCAAAGUUAAUUACAUAUUACAAAGGCUCUAGUUUUAACUUAGCUAUGGCGUUUAAUCUAAACAUAUUUACAUUAAAUUGUUGGGGUAUUCCAAUUGUAUCCAAGAACCGUAAGGAAAGAAUUCAUGCUAUUGCUAAAUAUUUGAUGGAAAGUUCACAUACAUUGGUUUGUUUACAAGAAGUUUGGAGUGAGAAUGACUAUUUAUUUAUAAAAGAUAGUCUAAAGGAGGUUUUGCCAUAUUCCUACUACUUUUAUAGCGGAGUGCUUGGCUCAGGUUUGUGUGUAUUUUCCAAAUGGGUGAUUCAAGAUGUGUUCUUUCAUCAAUGGCCUCUAAAUGGCUACAUCCACAAGAUACACCAUGGAGAUUGGUUUGGGGGCAAAGGAGUUGGACUUUGUCGUAUCAAAUGUGGUGAUAGACUUAUUAAUAUCUAUUGUACACAUUUACAUGCUGAAUAUCAUGAAGAUGACAUGUAUUUAGCACACAGAGUACUGCAAGCUUACUCUACUGCUGAGCUUGUAAACCUGACCAAAUCACCAGCUGAUGUUUCCAUUCUAGCAGGAGAUCUCAAUACUGGUCCUGAUGAUCUAUCUUAUAGGAUAAUUUCCCAGCUUCCAUCAUUAGUAGAUCCUUUUGAUUUAGAAUGUGAAGGAAGUGACCCAAAGGUCAGGAAACCCUCAGGCACUUGUGACAAUGCCAACAACAGCUAUACUGCUCAGAAGCUGGCUGAAGCCUCACCAGAAGGAAAAAGAAUUGACCACAUACUGUUUCAUGUUAGCCCUUCUUGGGAGGCUGAGGUGGUGAAUUUUGGGAACCCCUUAGAAGACAGAGUUCCUGAUCAACCAUUUUCUUAUUCUGAUCACAAUGCUGUCUCAUUGGAACUUAAACUCAAACCAACCAGUCCAAAAACUAAACAAAGACAAUUCAGUAAAGAAAUUUCAUUUGAUGUUACCAUUGGUCAAGCUAUUAAAGUUUGUGAAGAUGCUAUGGACACCAUAUUGAAAUCUAGAAAGCUGUACUUAACUUCAGGAGGCUUGCUUUUCAUGUUCCUGUUAGGCACUGUUGGUUUCUGGCCCAAUAAAUUCAUAUAUGACGUCAUAAAAAUAAUACUGACGGGAUUUUGCUUCUAUAACAUACUGAUGGGCACACUGUGGAACAAGAUUGAAAUGAACAGCUUAAAAGCUGGCCUGAAUGCUCUUAAAAAUUUUAAGAAAACAAGAAGUGAAAUAAAAGCUAUGGAAUGCGCUGAAAAUGAUAAGAAGUGAAAUGAUUUGUCUAUUCAGAUGUUUUAAAAGAAAAUGGUUCUAACUAGAAGUAAUUCCUCUUGAAAAUUCCAACUACCUUUAAAAAGCUUCAGACUCAAUGGAUUCAGAUUAGAAUGCACAAUGGAGUGGCAAGUAGGUCUAACUAAGCCACGUAAUAUGCCCCUCACUGCCCUGACGCAUACGUACGGAACAAAGGACCAUUCCACUGAUUUUUAAACACUUAAGUACACACUGAUGACACCACAUCACGAUGUUAGUGCCGUUAAUGCUUACAGUGCCUUGAUGUUAUAUUAUAGUAACAAAGAGCAAAGAACUGAUUACUGAAGUAUUUAGAAAAUACGCAAACUUUGUAAAACGUACCUAUUUCUUAGCAGUUUGCAUGUAACAUAUCUGUGUUAACUUAAAAAUGUAGGACAAUAUAUUAUAGCCCAAUGUAACACGUGAUAAUGCUCAAGAGAAUGUAAUAUUAUGAUGAAUGUUUGUUAAUGUAAUAUGUAAAUUCGUCAUAAUCAGCUCAGUAUUGAGCUACUAGCUUAUUAAAUGCUAUAUAUUUUGAUACUGCUUAACAGAAUUAAGAUACUUUAUACAUAUUAAACAGUAUUCGUACUUAUUCUCGGAUAGGUAAUUAUAUGUUAAACUUUUACGUAAUCAGAUAUUGAAGUUUAGUUACCAAUUAACUAAGAUUGACAUUUGAAUAUUUAUUUGAUGUUCCUAUUUAU